AUGAACGACACCACAGAAGUCACCCAGCUGAAACCUUUGAAAGCCGUUAUCUCAAUGCUGCCAUGUCUUUUCUUCCUGUGCCUAAAUGGAGUCAUGCUCUUUGCCUUGCUGAGGAAGCCUCUCUUGCUCGAGUCCCCUCGCUACAUCCUGUUUGCUCACCUGCUGCUCUCUGACUCUCUGCAGCUUGUGAUCACGAUGCUGCUGUACAUCGCUGCUGCGACCAUGUUCAAAAUGAUCAAUUAUGUGUGUGUUAUUAUCACAACAAUUGCAAACAUCGCUAUAAAAAUAUCGCCCCUCAAUCUUGCAGUGAUGUCUUUGGAGAGGUAUGUUGCCGUCUGUUUUCCACUGAGACAUGUAAAUAUUGCAACCACCAGAAGGACAGGCAGUGCCAUUGCUGUGAUAUGGAUAGUGGCCUCUUUGGACUCAGUCACCCAUGUUCUCGUUUGGGUCAGCCACCAGAACAAAGACUUCACUGUGCCAAGCUUGUGUUACAGGAACAGUGUCGUCAUGACAAAGACUUCUACUUUAAUGAUGUCCUUCACCAUCAUUUAUUUUGUACUGGUGGGCAUGGUUAUAAUUUAUACAUACAUUGCUAUCAUGAUAACUGUGAAGUCAGCCUCCUCCUGUAAUGGUAAUCCUAGCAAGGCCCAAAGGACAGUGCUGCUGCAUCUGCUUCAGUUUUGUCUGUGUCUCUCCUCUACUCUGUUUGGCAUGAUGAACAGACUGUUGAUCAUUAACCGUAAAGUGGACAUUAAUGUUCAGUACGGCCUCUUUUUGGGUCUCAUCAUUUUCCCAAAGUGUUUGAGUCCGCUCAUAUAUGGCCUCAGAGAUCACACCUUCAGACACAUCUUCAUAUAUUAUUUCACCUUCUGGCUCAAAAGCAAUGUGAGGCCAGUUACCAAAACCUGA